ACCAUCCCCCACCCGCUUCUACCUCUUCAACUUGAGACUUCCAAAUGCCAAGUUCCCACCUUUGCAUAGCCGGUGCAGCUCAUCGAAGCUUCCAGGGUUGGGCAGAGGUUCCUCUCGACGGGGGCUCCGGCGAUGCAAGGCCCCCAUCGGUGCCAGGCCUAACGUGUUCCCCAUUUCAGUCCAGGGAACGGGAAAGGGGCCGCGGCUAGCUUGGGAAUGGGAGCUUUGCUCCUUCUAGCUCCCACGGACCCCACCCCCCAUCAGCCAGAUCCCUAGUCCCAGAAACUUCCGCAUGGUCCGAGGGUAGACCUGCAACAGGAAAAGUGUGGGGAAAGAGCACUCUCAUAACCAGUGAGAAGAACGAAACCCAGGCCAUCUUCCCCUCCAUCACCACCAUGAAGCUGCUUGCUUUAACUGUGCUGCUCGUCACCAUUUGUAGCCUUGAAGGGGCAUUGGUACGGAGACAGGCAGAAGAGCCAAGUCUGCAGGGGCUGUUUUAUCAGUACUUCCAGACUGUGACUGACUAUACCAAGGAUUUAAUGGAGAAGGCCAAGGCCCAGGAUUUUCCGGCUCAGGCGAACGCCUACUUUGAGAAGACUCAGGAGCAGCUGACACCCCUGAUCAAGAAGGCGGAAACAGGCCUGUUUAACCUCUUUAGCAGUUUCAUAGGACCCAAAACAGAGCCUGCUGCCAAGUGAGGUAUAGGGGCCAUUUUCCUGCAUCCCAGCUGGCCCCUAGAACACUCUCGGCCAAGUCUGGAGCCCUUUGCCCCACUCUCUGCUUGUUUUCUAUAAUAAAUA